AUGCCUUCCGACCAGAGAAUCUUCAAGCAGGAUGCUUCCAUCGUCCUUGUGGGAUGCCGUGGUGCCGGCAAGAGGUCCCUGGGCUUCAUCGGCGCCCUUCAUCUCAGGAGACGCCUCAUAACAGAGGACCACUACUUUGUGUCUGCCACUGGCCAGACCCGAGCCCAGUUCCUGACCAAGCACGGCAAGGAGGCCUUCACUCAGCGCAAUGCCGAGGUCUUCAAGCAUAUGCUUGAUACAAAUCGGAAGAGAUGCAUCAUUGAGUGCGGGAUGAGCAGCCUCUCCGAGGAGGCACAGGAUGCCCUCCGAGAGUACUGCAAGACGAAUCCCGUCAUAUAUAUCCACCGGGAGAAAGAGCAACUGUUAAGGUUAUUGGACCCUGCGGAUGCAGAGGCCCUUCUGAAGAUGGACGAGAGCCACAGGAGUUGUUCCAACUUUGAGUAUUACAACCUUUACGACCCUCACAGUGGGAAAACAAACCCUGGAAGCGAGCCCAGUGCGAUCAGCUGGGACAGUGCGGCAAACCCGUCCCGUCUUCUCCUAGCCAAAGAGGACUUCACUCACUAUCUCGAUCUCCUUACCGGGCAAGCAUGGCGAAAGACGUGGCUUGAGAGCCCUUUUUCCAUCAAUGCAGUCCCGCCUCAUUUCAGACAGGCCUCCUACGCCCUACGGCUACGACUGUCGUAUCUGGUUGGCAUGGACCUCGAGUGGGAAGAUCUCGAGGCCUCUGGGGACUGCGUGGAACUCAUCAUCGACCACUGGCCCGAAGAUAUGUUCAACGUCAUCGCGAAGCAGGUGGCCCUUAUCCGCAGAAAGCUCUCCAUGCCCGUCAUCUACCACGUAGAGGAGACUCCGCGAGAGGAGCGCGUGAGGUCUCAGGAGGAGAGGGACGCGAUGGACUUGGAGCUCCUGGAGCUCGGCCUGCGGCUCAACGUGGAUUUUCUGAGCCUCGACUUGCAGCGGAAUCCUGCCAUUACUAGUAGGAUUCUGGCGCAGAAGGGCCGGUCCAAGAUCAUCGGCAACUUUUGGAACUUUGGCAUGAAUGCCAUACCCUGGUCGGACGAAGCCAACGUAGAGAACUACAAGCUGGCCCAGUCUCUCGGGUGCGACGUCGUCCGCAUCGUCAGAUUCUGCUCCGGCGACAGCGCCAACGAGAAACUGGUCGCCUUUACGGAGAAGAUUGAGACAACCAUCCCCGACCCCAAGCCGCCAUUAGUCGCCUUUGACUUUUCCUUCCUCGGUGUGCGAACGCCUCUCCAGACCCGCAUCCUGGGCCCCGUCAAGCACCGCUGCAUGGAGGGCGGGAGGGAUCACUUCGCCACCGUCUGCUCGUCAAGCGUAUCCUUCGAGCAGCUGUUCCGCGACUUCCGCCUGUUCCCGUUGGAGUUCUGCACCGUCGGCUCCAACGUGUCCUACUCACUGACCCCAGCCAUCUACCAAGCCGCCUUCCAGUUCUGGUCCAUGCCGCACACCUACCAGGCCGUGCAGUGCUCCCAGCUGGACGACCUGAACCGCAUCUUCGCCAGGGCCACCUUUGGCGGGGCCUGCCUCGCCGCGCCGUUCAAGGUCGCCAUCCUGCCGCACCUCAAGCUCAAGUCGCACCAUGCGGCGGCCAUCGGCGCGGUCAACGUUGUGCUCCCGCUGCGCGGCAAGACGAGCUUCAUCCUCGACCACGCCAACUCGCGCAACAUGGGCGGCGUGGCCAGCGAGUUCUACGGCGACAACACGGACUGGAGCGCCAUCCUGACCUGCCUCCGGCGCGCCAUCAGCCCGCGCAACUUUGUCGUGCCCACCAAGACGACGGGCCUCGUCAUCGGCGCCGGCGGCAUGGCGCGCUCGGCCGUCUACGCCCUGCUGCAGCUCGGCUGCCGCAACAUCUUCAUCUACAACCGCACGGCCGCCAACGCGCAGCGGAUCGCGGACCACUUCAACGAGUGGAGCGUCGAGCAGGGGCUCGCGGCGCCGCCCAGCGCCAAGAUCCGCGCCGCCGCCGAGGGGGCGCCGCCCGGGUCGGCGUCGGCGCUCAAGAUCUGCCACACGCUCGGCUCCAUCGCCGAGCCGUGGCCGCGGGACUACCAGCCGCCCACCAUGAUCGUGUCGUGCGUGCCGGCCGUGAGCAUCGACGGCAGCCCCCCUGCCGACUUUGAGCUGCCGAAGCAGUGGCUCGGGAGCACGACCGGAGGUGUCGUCGUAGAGCUAGCGUAUGAGCCCCUCAUCACACCGCUUGUAGCCCAGAUGCAGGUCUUCCGAGACACCGUGUCGCCCGCCUGGGUGGUCGUCGACGGCCUGGACAUCGUGAGCGAGAUGGCGAUCGAGUCGUUUGAGCUGAUGACUGGGCGUAUGGCGCCCAAGAGGCUGAUGAAGGAGGUCUGCCGCAGAGCGUGGGAGCAGCAGAGGAGGGACAUGUCAUCCGUAUCGUGA